AUGACAGCCAGCGGGGGCUGGCAGGAGAGAGGCGAAGGCUCCGGUGUCAGAGCACGCUCUGUUCUCUCUAUCACUGGGUCCACUCAGAACACACUGGAUGGGAUUGUCAUAGAAAGCGGUUUGCCCGGCGUUCUCAUCUGGAGUGACAUCAGAUGCAGACACAACGCCCUGUUGUCUCAGCCAGAUCAGGAGCAUCAGGUGUCAGAAAAUUUGGAAAUCAGCCCCGCAGACAUGGAAUGCCGGGGCAGGGGUCAAGUCGAGCGCGGCCGUGAGACACACCAAAUCCUGCAGGGUACACCUUUAGACCUGAUUGAGACUGGCAAGUCACUGAAAGUUCAGGCAGAGCGUCCCCAUCUGGUCAGUUUGGGAAGUGGACGUUUGAGCACAGCAAUCACUUUACUGCCACUGCAGGAAGGGAGGACCACACUGGGCAGCGGAGGCACAGACAUUGCUCUACAGGGCGCUGGCAUUAAGACUCAACAUUGCUACAUUGAAAACCAGGCUGGGACCAUUACCCUGCAUCCAUGCGGGAACCAAUGCUCCGUAGAUGGACUCCCUAUCAACAAACCUUAUCGUCUGUCUCAAGGCUGUAUGCUGUGUUUUGGUCAGUCAACUUUUUUCCGCUUCAACCAUCCGGAAGAGGCCUUAAGGAUGAAGAACAUGCUGCCUGGAGGAAGCCAUGCUCUUAGUACAUCAAAAGCACAACAAAUUGGCUCCAGUAGCAUCUUGAAUGGGACCCACCAUUCUUUUCCAAGCUCAAAAAUUGGCAACUCUGCAAAGGACUCACAGAAGGUGCCACCGUCCCCCAAAACAGCUCGAACGUCACUUCAUCAGCCCUCUACGUUGAAUGGGAGAAACGGCCCGGCAAAAGAAGAGAACAACAGUUUAGUGGGAAAUGCUCCACUUGUGCCUCCGCGCUCCAACGUUCCUGUGCCCCAUCCGCGGACAUCCCUGUCUGUGACCUCAAGUUGUAAUAACGACGGCCAAAGAGCACAAGGCAGUCCCAUGCUUCUCAGGAAUGUCAGGUCAGAGGUCACAUCAAGCCUCACGCUGCCUAGCAGGGGGUCCGGACAGGGUAUAAGUCACAAUUCUUCACCGGUGGCCACAUCCAGUCCUCGAGUGAGAGGUUCCCCUCUUCAGAGGAGACACCCGAGUCCCAGGCGAGAGCCGCUCCCUACCACCGACAUCCCUCAGAGGCUUCGGACUCCUGAGCCGACGGGAUCCACCAGCAUUCCUCCUCUGAGUCCUUACACGGCCCGCAGAGGGACUCCAGGAUCGCAGAGCUUGACCGUCAAACCCGUCCAGCAGAGCCCAAAGACUCACCGCAAACCUGCAGUUCCCUCUAAGGCUGAGGCCAUGAGGCUUUUGUACGGCCAGAAUCCAUCUCCCGUGACCACCUCGGACACUGGAGGCAGACAUUCAACUAACAGCCUUAUCUCAGGUACUCUGUCUGGCGCGUCUCCUGCCACGAGCCCUCGUUGCCAAAGAAAGACCUGCGAGAACACCAUCGGAUCAUCCAAUAAAGACUGUAAUUUUACGAAACCGUAUUCCCGGGAACGCAAGAACAGCAUAUCAGCCAUCAACGAUAAUGAAGAUGAGCUUUUGGAGUACCACCGCAGGCAGAGAGAGGAGAGGCUACGUGAACAGGAAAUGGAGAAGCUGGAGCGCCAGAGGCUGGAGACCAUCCUCAAUCUGUGCGCGGGAUAUAACCAUGAGGACAGCGCGGCGGAACUGGCGGAGGUAGUAAGGACUGGACUGCUAAGGGGAGGAAGAGGUGCAGGUGGAGAUAUGCAGAAGGGGAAGGAGAACGAUGAGGAGGCCCAGGCGGGGGAGUCCAGCAGCACGGAGAGCACGCAUCAAGAGUGUGAAGAGUUGUCUGCCGGUCAGGAGCACAUUUACCUGGAAGAAGAGAGGGGCAAGAUGUUGGCCAGGGUGGAUGAUCUGAGGCAAAGAGUCAGCGAGCUGGAACAGCAGCUCAAAGAGACCAAACAAGAGGUGGAGAUGGAGCAGGCUCUGUUGCAGGCCGAGAGGCAGGCAGAGCAGGAACAGGAGGAGGCUGAACGGGAGCUUAUUUCUCAGCUCCAGCUCAAACUCAGCCAGUUGAACAAAGCCACCCAGAAAGAGAAGGAGAAGGGGAGGGCUAAUGUCUCGGCAGAGCGGAAGGUCCUGGAAAAGCAGAGGAAUGAGUACAAUGAGCUGAAGAGGCAGUUUGAUAAGUGCCCCUUGUCUCUAAGGGAACAGUUACAGGAGCAGCUCAGCAGGAAAGCUGAAGCUCUGGAAGCUGGCACAAAGCAAUUUGAGGAACUGGAGUUCUGCCAAUUGGAGGAAGAAAGCAGUCUGGAAGAGAGAAAGGAGACCCAGUGCUCGCAGUUUCUUCAGGAGCAAACCGAGUAUCACUGCAGCGUGGCCAAGAGGAAGGAAAAAAUGGCAACUCUGGAUGCUCAGGUGAAGCAACUGGGCUUACAAGCUACUCACGACUGUGAAAGGAUGGCGAAAGAAAGGGCGGCUACUUUACAGCUUUUACAUAAGGAGCAGGACAAAUUAUGCGCCCUGGAGAACCGGUACCAAUCCAUGACAGGUGGCAGAAACUUCCCAAAGAGCAACGGCAAAAUGAAAGAGGAUUUACUCCAUAUCAACGAACCUGACCUUGUUUUUGAUGAUGACCUGUCUCAUAGCCAAUGUCCCUCCUCUACCUUACACAACCCUUCCCCUGAAGUGUACCCCGUUAGGCUACAGGAGGAGUACCUCAGGAUGUCUGAUGUCUAUAAGAUGUAUGGAAAGGCUUUUGUGCACCCUCCCUCUCCUUCUCCUACUGCCCUUGACUGCCUCUCCCUUGCUGGAGCUGACGCUGUGCCAUGUGAGGACUACAUCACGGUCGGGCAGUUACGCCACAUUAUUGGGGUACAGAGAUUUGAUCCUGCCUCUUCCUCAUCAAUUGCAUUAUUCCAAAUCGCUUCUACUGAUUCCGCCUUCACGUGCCACUCAGGUGGCUCUUCCUCCCUUCUCUCUGCAAAGAGCCAGCCUGAGCUGAGCGGGAAUGCAAUGCCACCUAUUAACCUCGAGCGCUGGUACCAGGACAUCAUGGCUGCAGGGGAACCUCGAUCCUGUCCCCCACCGCUGCCCGCAAAAUCUUUUUCUGCACGCAGACACGGGCAGUUGCUGAAGUCUAAAUCAGACGGUGAAGUUGGUCACACGGCACUGUGUCCUCCUGCAAACUGUGUCACAUCUGAGCCUCACUCCACUCUCACACGUGAUAAAACCUCAAAGGGGCUCCAGUUAAUGCUGAAGGAGGCACCAAACCCAUUGGACACGGACUCCAGAAUGGUGAAGAAAGACCCGUCUCCUACAGUACAUCACUCCAUCCUGCAUCAUCAGUGUCCAUCUAGCGGCAACCAAGCGUAUGACACCCUAAGCCUGGAGAGCUCCGACAGUUUGGAGACCAGCAUCUCCACCAGCAAUUCGGCAUGCACACCAGAAAGUGCUUCCGGUUUGGAGACCCAAAGAUUGGAGGAGAUGGAGAAGAUGUUGAAAGAGGCACAGCAGGAGAAAGCAAGGCUAAUUGAGCACAGGGAGAGGGAGGCGCAGACUCGACGGCAUCUGCUGGAGGAGGAGCGGAAGCGGCGCGAGGAGGCCGAGAGGAGGCUCCUGGAUGAGACGGCCCACAGGAGGAGGCUGGUGGAAGAAGAGGUGAAGAUGCGGGAGAAACACUUUUCCCAGGCUCGUCCGAUGACACGCUACCUCCCCAACCUGAAGGAGGAAUUUGACCUGCGUGCUCACGUGGAAUCGUCAGGCCACAGCAUAGACACCUGCCCCUUUGUGAUCCUCACAGAGAAGAUGUGCAAGGGUCACUUGGUCAAGAUGGGCGGCAAAAUCAAAUCGUGGAAAAAACGCUGGUUCGUUUUCGAUCGUCUCAAGAGGAACUUCUGCUACUACGUGGACAAGCAUGAGACGAAACUGAAAGGACUCAUUUACUUCCAGGCCAUUGAGGAGGUUUAUUAUGAUCACCUUCGGAUUGCUACCAAGAGCCCCAACCCGUCUCUGACCUUCUGCGUGAAGACUCACGACCGCCUUUACUACAUGGUGGCGCCUUCCCCGGAGGCCAUGCGGAUCUGGAUGGAUGUCAUAGUAACGGGCGCCGAGGGCUACACGCAAUUCAUGAGCUGA